CCGAGGCCCGGGAGGGGCCCGUGCCGGGCACCCUCGCUGCGAGGGCGGGUUGAGGGCCCAGGGGGAGGCAGGACAGUCCCGCGCUUCAGAAGGGGUGGAGGCGGUUUCCCAGGAAAAUGCCCGCUGGUCCGCUUAUGUGCAAGGCUAACAAGCCCGCAGGGCGCCGUGCCCUGUGGCACUCGGACUGAGGAGGUGCGUUGUGAAUCACGACGCUCUUUGCCCAUAGGUGCCACUAAGGCGCGCUUUGGAGUCGGGAACGGAGGAGCCACAGGUGCAGCCCGACCCUCCCCGUACUCAAGAAAGGAUGCCUUAAGACAAGAAGUAUGGAUAAAUAUAUCAAAGUACGGAAGAUUGGAGAAGGAUCCUUUGGGAAAGCAAUACUUGUCAAAGCUAAAGAAAAUGGCCAACAGUAUGUCAUUAAAGAAAUAAACAUCUCUAAGAUGUCAAAUAAGGAGAGAGAAGAAUCAAGGAGAGAAGUUGCUGUUUUGGCUAACAUGAAACACCCAAAUAUUGUCCUGUAUAGGGAGUCAUUUGAAGAAAAUGGCUGUCUGUACAUAGUGAUGGAUUACUGUGAAGGAGGAGACCUAUUUAAAAAGAUAAAUGCCCAGAAAGGAAUCCUGUUCUCUGAAGAUCAGAUUCUGGAUUGGUUUGUACAAAUCUGUUUAGCACUAAAACACAUACAUGAUAGAAAAAUCUUGCAUCGGGACAUAAAGUCACAGAAUAUAUUUUUAACCAAAGAUGGAACAAUACAGCUGGGAGAUUUUGGAAUCGCCAGAGUUCUGAACAGUACUGCAGAGCUGGCACGCACUUGCAUAGGAACACCAUACUAUUUGUCGCCUGAAAUAUGCCAGAACAAGCCUUACAACAAUAAAAGUGAUAUCUGGGCCCUUGGUUGUGUUCUCUAUGAAAUGUGUACACUUAAACAUGCGUUUGAAGCCGGUAACAUGAAGAACUUGGUCCUGAAGAUAAUCUCUGGGCCUUUUCCUCCUGUUUCUAUGCAUUACUCCUACGACCUACGUAAUCUGCUGUCACAGCUAUUUAAAAGGAAUCCUAGGAAUAGACCAUCAGUAAACUCCAUAUUGGAGAAAAACUUCAUAGCCAAACGGGUUGAAAAAUUUCUCACACCAGAGCUUAUUGCAGAGGAAUUCAGUCACAAAAUUUUCCACAAGUUUGGACCACAUGCAUCACCAGCUCAAAAACCAGUUCAAGAACCAACACUGACUUCAGUUGCACCAGCUCAGAAAAUUACCAAACCUGCUGCAAAAUAUGGAGUGCCUUUAACUAUCAGGAAGUCUUGUGGUGCACCUAAAAAGCCUAAUGAGAAGAAGCCAUUGACUAAAAUUAGACAGGAACCUUCAAAAAAGAAAAGGUUAGAAUUGCCUGAAAAAGAAAAACGCCAGAGAGAGCAGAUCAGUUUACCGAAGGCAGAUGAAAUGAGAAGAUUGGAAAAAGAAAGGAUGGAACGAAUAAACAGAGCCAGGGAACAAGGAUGGAGGAAUGUGCUUGGUUCAGGUGGAAGUGGUGUUAAGGCACCAUAUUAUGUCGGUGGAGGUGGUGUUGGUCCUUUUCCUGUGUCUUCCAGAGGACGCUAUGAACACUAUCAUGCUAUUUUUGACCAGAUGCAACAGCAAAAGGAAAAUGUCUUCAGAAUAGCUGAAGAGAGGGAAGCCAAGCUGAGAGCAAAACUACAAGACCGAGGAGUUGUUGAAAGAGGAAUUCCACCUGGAACACGUCCAGGAGUUCCUAAGGGACCUGCAGGUCAUCACCAUUUACCCGAUGUUGGUGCAGUUAGGAAAAAAAUGAAAAGAUUCAAGGAGGUGUCUAAACAAGCCAGUGCAAACAGGCAAAAAGGAUGGAUAGCUGCAGAUAGAGCAAAGCAAGUUGAAGAAUUCUGGCAGCGAAAGAGAGAAGCCAUGGAAAACAAAGCUCGAGCUCAGGGACACAUGGGUACACUGCAAAACCUGGCAGAUACCUAUGGAGGCAGGUCCAUUUCUGCAAGAGGAAGAAAAUCCAGAAACAAGGAGGAAGAGGAAUAUUUGGCAAGAUUGAGACAGAUCCGGCUACAAAACUUUAAUGAACGUCAGCAGAUUAGAGCAAAACUUCGUGGAGAUAAGACUUUCACUUUGCAGAAUGAAACUGCCAGUUCUGAUGGACAGGACUCUAGUGAUGAAGCAGAACUGAAACGCAAGAAGAUAGAAAUGCAGAAGGCCCAAGCAAAUGCUCGUGCAGCAGUUCUGAAGGAACAGUUGGAGCGAAAGAGAAAGGAAGCAUAUGAAAGAGAGAAAAGAGCCUGGGAAGAACAUCUGAUUGCAAAAGGAGUGAAGAAUCCUAACGUGCCUUUUCAUGUGGAAGCUACAGAACAUAGUCCUAUGGAUGGAUUACAGGAGCCUGGGGCAGCUCUUCCUAAGCCACAACUUCCAGUGAAGCCUGGUGUACCUGUCAUCUCCAUGACUUCUGCUUUGAAGGAAGUGGGUGUGGAUGAACAUGUAAUAACUGCUGUCCAGGAGUCUGAGGAGGAAUUAAAGAAGCCAGAUUUUGCAAUACAAAAUAAGCGGGAAAUUCUGAGAAGAUUAAAUCAAAAUCUUAAAGCUCAAGAAAAUGAGAAGGGAAAAAAGGAGGGUAAAAAUACCUCUGAAUCAGCUGCAUCUGAAGAUGGUAAGGAACAACAAGCCGACCAGCCAUUUCUGGGAGAUCGCAAAAAAUGGGAAUCUGGGGCGUCUGAGUUGGUCGUUCCUCUAGCUCAGUUGUCAAUGGAAGAUUCUUUCUCUGGAGCAGAGUGUCAAACUCUGGGAGAAGUAAUUAAGUUAGAUAUUGGUGAACCUCACAGGAAAGUCUGGGGCAAAAGCCCAACUGAUUCAGUUCUGAGGAUCCUAGGAGAAGCAGAGCUGCAGCUGCAAACUGACAUCCUUGAGGAACAAGAUGAGAUAAAUGGUACUGCAGAACUUCUUGAAGGAGAUCAUCAGUCUUCGUUGGAGGAGAAGGAAGAGAAGGCUUUUUCUCCUGUUGGAGUUCAGUCUGCAGUACCAGUUGGUGUUACAAAGUCUGUCAUAGCUGUACCAGAAGAAUCUCAAAGAACUGGACCCACCCUGGUGCAGAGCAAAGCUGUUAUGCUGGAUGAGCCUGAUGAUUUGGAAGCAGAGGUGCUGGAAGAAAUGGAAGAUAAAAUGCACCAGAGUAAGGAGAAUAAGGAGUUGCCUAGCACUGUUAAUGAAGUGUGGGUAAAAGAGAAAGAAGAUGUGGCACAACAUGAUGGAAUGAAUGAAGCAGCUUCAGAAAAAGAAGCACUCAACAAGGUGCAACCACAAAAGGAAGCUCCAGCAGAAACUUGUUCCAGUGACUCUCAGCAAGCUGAACCCUUAUUCCAGAGGGUAAUACAGCCCACAGCUGUACCAACAGCCUCACCAGUUCUGUCAGCUCAGUCUUCACAGGAAGAGUCUUUUGUACCUCGUUCACGUUCCAUAUCACCAGCAAGAAAUAAAGGCAAAAGUUCACUGUUGAUUGGACUUUCUACAGGACUUUUUGAUGCAAAUGACCCAAAGAUGUUGAGAACAUGUUCCCUCCCAGAUCUUUACAAACUGUACAGAACUUUAGUUGAUGUUCCCAGUGUAGCAGAUGUGCAGCAUCAACAUAAUCUUGAAACAGAUGAUACAGAAGAUGAACAAGCCAAAGAAGGACCCUCUGACUCUGAGGAGAUUAUGUUUGGAGAGACAGACACAGAUUUGCAGGAGCUCCGGGAUUCAAUGGAACAGUUGCUUAGGGAGCAGCCUGGUGAGGAACUGAGUGAAGAAGAAGAGACUACUUUAAAGGCUAAUGCCAUGGAAUGCAUAACAAAUGGUACUGAGCUGGAUGAAGGAGAUGAAAAUAACCCCAGCAGUGAAAGUGCUCUUAAUGAAGAAUGGCAGUCAGAUAAUAGUGAUGGAGAGAUUGCCAGCGAAUGUGAAGAAUGUGAUAGUAUCUUCAGCCACUUAGAAGAGUUGAGAUAUAACCUGGAGCAGGAAAUAGGCUUUGAUAAAUUAAUUGAAGUUUAUGAGAAAAUAAAGGCUGUACUUGAAGAUGAAGAUGAAAAUAUUGAUGUUUGUUCAGCUGUAGUUCAGACUGUUCUUGGAAAUGAACACAAACACCUGUAUGCCAAAAUACUUCAUCUGGUAAUGGCAGACGGAGCCUACCAAGAAGGUAACGAUGAAUAAACCUGACUCAGGAAAUUUCAUAGUGCUUACUACACACCGGUGUCCGAAGUCCGCACAGCUGAACAGCAGAUUGUAGUGGAGAAUGUAACAUGGGGAGGAGAGGCAAGACUUGAAAAAAGAAUGUUGAUUGUAUGAAAAAGAGAAAAAACAUGCCUUUUAAACUGAGAUA